CUUAUUGCUAUGGUGUCAUGACAGAAAAUGUCAUCUGCAAGAAAAUAAGAAAAACGAGGUGAUUUAGAACAGCUGAGACGAAUACCUAGGUCGACCUGCAAUAUUGCUCUUAUUGCUGAUUGAGGAAGGACUGAUAUUCAUGAAUUAAUAAUCAUCCAAUCAGAAGCUGUUUUGGUCCGUGUGUGUGUUGUCGCGGGGUCCUGCACCUGUGAAACAUGCCAACAGAUAGCAUUGCGAAAGCUACGAAGACCAAAGGAGUUCGUAUGAUCAGAAGGCACAGGAGUCAUACUGACGAGGGUAGGCCUGUUGGCGGGAUGAGUCGUUACCGUGACGACAUCGACACAGAUGGCUUGAUGCCAGCUCCAGCCAGGGAUAGACUGUAUGAUCUGUUUGGGCAGAUUGAAAAGGAAUUUGAAAAUCUCUAUGCUGCCAAUAUAGCAUUGCAAGAGAGAGUGGAGUCGCUAAAUGAGAGACUCGAGGCUUACGCCAGCUCUGACAAGCCGGCAGCAGAGGUGCAGGAACCUGAUGGGACCACCAAGCCAAAGAGAUCUGCAAGUCAGAUUUCCCAGAAGAUCAAGACAACGUACAAGGCAUCCACCAGUAAGAUCGUCUCCAGCUUCAGAGCCCCUUCAGCUGCCUACAACUUGGUCCGAGUCUACCGGGGUCAUCGGGACGGAGUGUGGGAGGUCAGCGUGUCCAAGUCUGGACAUCAGGUCAUAGGAACAGCAAGUGCAGACCACCGGGCCCGCAUAUUCUCUGUUGAGACUGGUCAGUGCUUGCUGCAGUAUGCCGGACACCAGGGGUCAGUCAACUCCAUCCGGUUCCACCCUAACCAGGACCUGGUGCUGACGGCGUCCGGGGACGAGACUGCACACAUCUGGAGAGCAGUGGUCACACCUCCCUCACAUGCGGAAAUAGUGAAGUCCCACUCCUCAGGGGAAGAUGAGAUUGAUGGGUCGGAGAAAGAAGAUGUUGGGGAUGAUGGGGGUGAUCUGGUACAGGAGAGCAACAAACUCCGCACACCGCAGGUGGAGCUCACAGGGCACACUGAUGUUGUUAUUGCUGCCGACUGGAUGGUGGGAGGAGCUCAGGUCAUCAGUGCCUCAUGGGAUAGGUUGGCCAUCUUGUAUGAUGCGGAAACAGGAGAGCAGAUCAGUACACUGUCAGGGCACAUCCAGGAACUGAACGAGGUACGAGCACAUCCGACACAGCGACUGGUGGUAACGUCGUCAAAGGACACCACUUUUCGGCUGUGGGAUUUCCGUGAUUCCGCCAUGCAGGUGAACGUGUUCCAGGGACAUACACAACCUGUCACGUCGGCAGUGUUUGCCGGGGGUGACAAGGUGGUGUCUGGCAGUGACGACCGGACGGUCAAAGUCUGGGACCUCCGCAACAUGCGCUCCCCUCUCUCCAUCAUAAAGACUGACUCCGCCAUUAACAGACUUGCUGUAUCCCAAGCUCAGAACAUCAUCGCUAUCCCUCACGACAACAGACACAUUCGACUGUUUGACAUCAGCGGCGUGCGCGUCGGACGCCUCCCACGUAGCAACAGACAAGGUCACUCACGCAUGGUGUGCUCUGUGACCUUCGCCGACGACAACCAGACGUGCAAUCUGUUCUCCUGUGGCUUUGACAGACAAGUGCUUGGGUGGCACGUCAACUGUCAAACCAAGGAGUAGUCUCCCCUGUGUCAAGGCCUGCUUGCUUUGUUUACAGUGUCACUUGCGUCCCUGGUGCACUUGUCAUAAGAUACUGAAGGGAAAUGAGAAUUCAUGGAGGCCCGAAUGUCAUAUUCUCAGAUUCAUAUCCUACUCUGGUUUGCUGGUGAAUGUCCCGAGAUGACAACAGUGAUUUCUACACAGCAGAGUUACUGUAAAUAUUAUUCAUUAAUAUUGCAUUCUUGUUUAGAAUGGGAUUCGGAAAAGAUGAUGUCAUGAAAGCAGAACUAAGUAUUCAAAAUAGAAACAAGUUCUAUAAGGAAUUAAACCAGUAUACACUUUGUACAAAAAAGGAGCUAUGUGAAUAUAUUAGGUGGUACUAUGCAUAUUGUACUUUGCAUGUUCUACCGACGUACAGAACAGAGCGUAGUAAACACCAGAAGCUACAGCAGGAAGAUAAUGUUAUUCUGCUAAUGGAGUUGUCUGGCCAUCUAGCAUGAGUCAUGGGAAUGUUAUUUCACCCCAAUGACGUAGAGUUGGAGUAAUUUAAUUAAAAUCAGAUAUUUUACUCCCGCGUUGGUUCCUUGGUCUGCUGGUCUGAAAGCCCUCAUAGGUCACAUCAGGUAACCCUAGCAGACGCAGCCAAUCAAAUGUCUGCUUCCUGAAACGUCAUUUCACCUCUAAUUCAGAGAUUUUGGUCUUAACAAAAGACAACCCACACAAAUCACUUCCUGCCAAGCGUCCCAGAUGAAACAACACGUAAAAUAUCCACAACAUAGCAAGGAACCGCCGUGUUUGGUUUGUUUUAGUUUCCAAUUUUCAGAAUUCAGAUUUGCUGCACUGAUUGGUUCGCUGACGUGUACUGAGAAGUUAAAAGCCUCCAUGCUUAUUGGUUAGUUGGUGUGGUCACCUGAUGUGUCCGAGGGGGCAUGGGUGGCCCAGUCGUCUAAGGCGCUGCGAUUCGCUGUGCAGAGUUGCGUCCCUUGGGCACGCCAGAAACCUAGGAUUGUGGGUUCGAAUCCAGGUUCGCCCCGAUUAUGUUUCUAGGUUUGUCAGCACCAUACCCGUGCUCGUGGGUUUCACCGAAGUGGUAAACGUCUGAGACCUGCAUCACUUAGGGCUUUCCUCCCACAUUAAGCUGACACGCCGCGAUAUAACUGGAAUAUUGUUCAAAGCGGCGUUAAACCCAACUCACUCACUCACUGAUGGGUCCGAAGUCGGGUGUGUCAGAUCUUCCUGCAGAAAGGUAUUGAAAUGGAGUAAAAAAUCUAAAUUUAAUGGUGGGAUCUGAAUUUUCGGUCUCAACCAAAAUUCAGGUUUUUUU